UCUCUCUCUAUCUCUCCCUCUCUUUUUUCGUUUUUUUCAUUUAUUUCUUCGCGAUAUUAUAAUAUAAUAUUUAGUUUCGAGAAGGAAGUUAGAUAUUUUCUACUUAUUCUUCGUCUCGAUAAGUACAUUUUUUUUAAAAACUGGCCUUGACUAAAUGGAUACCCUUCGAAUAUCUACCACUGCCUGGAUGUUGGCAUUAAUAACAUUACUUUUAGCAGACUUAACAAAAUGUUUUAAUUUGGAAGUGGAGAAUUUUUUCGUCCACAGAGGUGUGAAUGGGAGUAUGUUCGGAUAUUCUGUGGCUGUACAUAUCGACCAGGCAACAAGUUGGUUAUUAGUUGGUGCCCCAAAAGCUCAAACAGCGCAGAAAAAUAUUCAGGAAGCAGGAGGUGUCUUUCGUUGCCGGACCGAUCGUCAGGAAUGUUAUAUAGUUCCCUUUGAUACAGCAGGUAAUUCUUUCAAUAACAAUACUUUGGAGGUUGAGGAAGACAAAUCUGAGGAAUGGUUUGGCGCCAGCUUGGAAACUUCUGGAAAGAAUGGUGUGAUUGUCGCUUGUGCUCCCCGCUACAUGUAUUUCUUUGGAAGAGACAAACGGGAGCCAAUCGGUCGAUGUAUUGUGAAAAAGCCUUCCUCACGGAUGUAUGAAACGUAUGCACCAUGUAAAAAAGGCAAUAAAUGGGGUUUUCACCAGAUUGGACAUUGUCAAGCCGGGAUGUCUGCCUCUUUAACUAAGAAUGGUGUAAAAUUAUUAAUUGGUUCACCUGGAAGUUACUUUUGGCAAGGCCAAAUCCAUGACAUCAAUCUUCGAUCCCACAAAGCAAUUUCUACAAAGGAAGGACCACUAAACAAUGACGAUAUGUAUAUGGGUUAUGCUACUGCUGUUGGUGAAUUUAAUGGUGAUGAUAUCCAAGAUUAUGUGGUUAGUGCUCCCAAGGCAGACAGACAUCAUGGCAAGGUUAUAAUUUACACCCAGGAAUUAAUACAUCUCCAAAGUAUUCUAGGACAACAGUUUGGAGAAUAUUUUGGCUCUGCUAUUGAAGCUGAAGAUCUAAAUGGGGAUAAAUUAGAUGAUAUCAUUGUUGGAGCUCCAAUGCAUUCCAUCUACGAAGAUGUAUCAUUUGAAGUAGGCUGUGUCUACGUCUAUUACCAAUCUUCAAAGCAUACAUUCCACCAAAACAACAAAGACAUCCUUGUAGGCAAAACAAUCAAGGGUAGAUUCGGUUGGGCGUUUGCCAAAUUGAAGGAUAUCAACUUUGAUGGCUACAAUGAUUUUGCCACUUCUGCUCCCUAUGGAGGUAAAGAUGGCAAAGGUGCCGUGUAUAUUUACCAUGGAUCUGUGAAGGGUGUCAAAAUUGAACCUGCCCAGGUGAUUGAUGCCAGCAACUUGAAAAACGGUCUAAGAACAUUUGGAUAUUCUUUAUCAGGUGGCAUGGAUUUAGAUGGAAAUGGCUAUACAGAUCUUUUAGUUGGCUCCUAUGCAGCGGAUAAAACAGCCUUUUUCAGAGCACGUCCUGUAGUUUCUGUCCAAACUGAAUUAAACCUGGAUCCUCAGUUGAUAAAUCUGGAACAGAAAACCUGUCGAUUAUUGAAUGGAAACCCCAGGACCUGCAUGCAAAUACAUACAGAAUUGCGUUACGGUGGAAUAAAUUUACCACCUAAGCUGCGUUUGGAAGUAAAAUGGACCUUAGAUGCCUUGAAUAACAAAACUCACAGAGUUUAUUACUUGGAAGCUGGCAAUGAGAUCUCAAAGACUCAAACAUUCCUUUUAGUAAAAGGUGAAGCCAAAUCUGUCCGACACCAGGCUUAUCUCAAGGAAAAUAUACGAGACAAAUUGACUCCUGUUGGUGUGAGCUUGGAAUAUAGGAUUGUUCAGGCUACAAAACGAAAAAAGCGAGAACUUACCCCAAUCUUGAAUAAAUACACAUCAGAGACGAAAAUCUCAACGAUCCAAAUUCAGAAAGAUUGUGGCCCAGAUAAUAUUUGUAUACCUGAUCUUGUUUUAUAUGUUCCCAGAACAUCAUCACAGCAAAUUAUUGGUAAUCGCAAAAAUUUGGAAAUGCAGAUUAAAGUUGAAAAUCAGAAAGAGGAUGCAUUCGAAACCCAGUUGUUUGUAACUCUGCCACCAGGUGUCACUUAUGUGAAAAUACAAGAUGUGAAAGCUAAAAUCUCAGUUGGUUGCAAAGCCAUCGUUAGUGGGGAUGUGAAUGUUGUUGUAUGUGAUUUGGGCAACCCUUUGAAGAAGAAGCAAAAGGUUUCCUUAACAAUGAAAUUCUCACCAAAACAUGUCAAUGGAUCAAACAAAUUCCUUGAUUUCCAAAUCCAAGUUAACUGUUCCAACAAAGAAGAAAAGCAAGAUAUUCACAAUAAUUUCCAUAAUGUCAGCAUUCCAGUUAAGGCUGCAGCAGAUAUCAUCAUUCUUGGUAAAUCCACUCCGGAUCAGGUAAUUUACAAUUCCAGUCAAGGAGAUGAGAUUCGAGAGAGUUACAUGUACAACAAGACAAUAGCAAAACAUGGUCCGUCUGUGGAGCAUCUCUAUGAGAUGAGAAACAAAGGAGAUAGUGAUGUCUCCAAGAGCAUAUUAACAAUUCAAUGGCCAAGCUAUGACGUGAAGGGAAACCCUUUGCUUGAACUCGUUGGAAUCCCUACUGUCAUUUCUGGAGAAGGGUCCUGUGAAGUGGAAACUACCCCACGCAUCACGCAGAAAAAAUUCCAGCUGUCCAAUACCAGAAAGAGAAGAGAGACAGAGGAAAAAUUCCUAUACACAUUGAACUGUACUGGAAAAUGGUGCAGUAACAUUACUUGUACUUUAGGAUAUUUAAAAAAGGGUGAUAACAUAUUAGUUCAAGUAAGAUCAAAACUAUGGACAAGUACACUAUUAAAGAUGGAAUAUUUAGAUAAACAUCAAAUUCUGUCCAAAGCUAAACUAGUUGUAACAAGUAUUCCUUAUGACCUGAAAUGGGAUCCUUAUGAUUUUCCUUCAGCAACAAAAGAGCUGUACACCCUUGUAAAUCCAGAAAAGUUAGUUCCAAAAAGCCGCUCAAUACCAAUUUGGGUGAUUGCUAUUGCAGUUGCUGCCGGAAUAUUGCUUCUAUUUUUAUUGAUUGUCUUAUUGUGGUGGUGUGGAUUCUUUAAGAGAGUGAAACCAGAAGACAUGCAAGAACUGAAUGGAGACACACGUCAAUGAGAAAACCAAUCGGAAUCUAUGGGGAUUAACAUCUGUAUUAUGCACAGAUAUAUAUAUGUAUUAUAUAUUUAUUACUGUGUUUGUAAAUAUAUACAUAUAUGUGUGUUUAUAUGAAUGAUAA